AUGGAUAAUCUGCAGACUGCCUUCGGUAACGGAAAGAAGGUGGUUGUUCUCUGUGAAGGCACCACUAGUCCCUCCACAGGCGACAGCUGGAAUGAUGAGUGCAGAAAAGGUAGGUAUUUCUUCCUUCAUGCGUGCGCACACCCGGAUUUACUCAGAUAGGGUGUGUAUCAUAGGCAUGUCAAUGUAGACGCUACCUACAAACUCCUUAAAAUCCACUGGGAACGAGUGUAACCAUUGCUGAUGUGACGACGCGAUACAAUGGACGCGUACGGGCGCAGUCUUCGGCCAACCAUUUGAUCGUUGUCAGACACAGUUGAAUAGUUAACCGUCUUUAUACAUAAUGCAUAGCUCUGACGACACUUAACGACAAUUAAGGUUAUUUUAUUCCAAUAUUUUUGCCCUUGCAAGAAAUAAGUCGGCAACAGCUGCUCCACCGGCAGAACCAGGAUAGCUGCCCUGUCUUCACCGUGAAAAUACAUGCUUAGACUUCACAGCUGUAGAACGUUAAACUCGGUUACCAGAUCUACAUCCAUGCUGCAAUUUUUUUCGACCUGGGGCUGAGUGUGCACCUGACUAUCGCUCUACGACUACCCGCAAAUAUUCUGGACUUUAACUCCAAGACCAACAUGAAUGCCCGCAUUCCCCCCUGGAUCGGUAAGCGCCACUCCACCAUGACAUGCACACACACACAAUUUAUCUGCGCACAGUUGCCCUUCUUCUGUAAAAACGUCUGACCCGAAGGGAAUAUGUGGCGGCAAUGUCUCUGGCUUUCCCUAUUUGAAUUUUUUUUCUUUAUAGCUGAAUUUCACAUCUCAUGCUUGUCUAGCUGGCUCGAUUCUGCCGUUGAAUUAAUUAUUCAUUUUAGCGUUCCCUGCCAGUAUUCUAGUAAAAUUAAUCUAAAAGACACAUUUCUUUUUUACCAUUUCAGUGGAACCACUACUUGAGCCACUCCUGGCCUCAGCAAAUGAAAACGUCUACUUCUUCAUGGUAGAGGUCGGCAGCGAAGAUGAGUAAGUGCCUGGUCUUUAUUUCGGUAAGACUGACUCAUGUGCCCCCUAAACAGGACAUGAAAACAGGAAGCGCCUUCAAUACGGGUUGCCUUGAGCCAACUUUCAGUGAACUUAGGGUUAGGUUAAGGAUUAGGCUUAAGGCUUGAGUUGAAGUUAACGGUAAGGUAAGUCGGGUCAAGUUUUGGGUUAAAGUAGGGACUGAAGUUAGCUGCAGAGUUAAGCCUUAGGGUAGGGUUGGAACUAAGAUUAGGGCGAUGGUUUAGUCUUAUGACAGGGCAAUAUUUUGCCCUUUCCGGGACUGUGCGCAGGUCCAGCUUUAUUACUUGUGCGGCGCGUUCCUGUUCCCAUGUCCUGUUUAGGGGACCAUAUAAGUCAGUCCCACCUUUAUUCCCGUUCAUGCUAUUUUCCUUUCCUGCCUGUACGUAUCCUAUGAAUGUUGAGGGAGUAUCUCUUCUUCGAGACAAACUGCCGACUGGGAUAGGAUUUGGUACUAAAAGCUUACAUGGCGCCCCCAUGGGACACAAGACUGCUACUCUGGUAACCACCGGGUUGAGCCCUACCGUUUUUCAAUGGUGAUUAGUUAGUUCUAAAGUCGCUAUCAGUUUAUUGUAGCCUCUAUCUCCGGCGCACAUAAGUGGUUGAUGUGUAAGUCAUCAGGACGCAUAAGUCGAAUUUUCAUAUUCACGCACGCGCUGAGCAAGCCUUUCUACGAGGAGACGGUGCUCAUCUCUUAUACUGUAGAGGAGCUGUCACACUGUUCUUUACUCUACCGUUUUCCGUCGUGUACUUCAUAUCUACACACGAAAGACUGUUAUUUUUGUUAGUUUUCUGUACAAUUGAAACAGUCGACUACGGGUUCUUUAGCAGUGCUAAAAACUAGCUUUUAACUUGUCGGAAUUAUCUUCAAAUUUCCGUGCCCCGUGUUCCGGCACAAAAUCGGCCACGUCAUUACAACUACGACAGUAUACAAACGCUAUGGCCCAUUCUGGUUCUCCUGCGUCUGAACUGCUCACAGACGUCAUUUACUAAGUCAGAUUUGGUGGGCCCUGAUAACGGAGCCCUUAAAUUUAUCCUAGUGCCAAGUGUAUCGGCAUUACUCUCCGACCUUGAGCCCUACUUACAAUGGUCGCUCUAAUUAAAUUUGCGAUGGCUCGCCUCUAGGAAAGCGAAGGUACAACUUGGCUGCGCCAGCAAAUCGGCAUUUCCGGAAGCCAAACAGUUGUGUCGAUUGGGUCGUAUUCUGUUCCAACUUGAUUCCAUCAUUUCCUACUUCCGAGCCUCUCUUAGGCUCGUCAGAUUUUGCUCCGCAAAAGCCUGUUCCUCAUUUAACCGCCAUUUCGCCUAUGCAUUCCAACCUCUUUUACCGAAAAGGCCUAUAUAUUUUUGACGCCGAGAGCCUUCAGGGCAAAUUGAGUUGCAUUGUCCUACUGUCGCGCUCUAGGUAGACUUACUUUAUGCAUAGAGACUUCUGUGCUGGCAGUGUUCUCUCAGUCUGCGGCCGUUUGACUUGCAGUGUGAUCAUUCAUUCAGGGUUUUUCCUAUUGUCCCAUGUUCCCCUCGGCCCACCAACAAUUCUCUGCAAAGUCGACAGGAACUCCAGAAUUAUGAACCUGCCCUGUAGUCUACCGAAUGCGUCCAUUGGCCUAAAACGAAUGCUUGUUGAGCAAUAAUUGGGCUCUUGAACCACAAAAAUAGGCAGAGUAACAUUGUCGACAAACGCAAUGGGAGACCGAAAUGACCAUUUCUGACUUAUUAGCCGUCGACAGCCAGUCAUACCAAACUUCAAGAUGUGGAACACCUAGGGCUCGAUCUCGCGACCUGUUGGUUAGAAGUCCACGCCUCUAACCACUGAGGCACGGUCUCGUUUUCCUGUUAAUUGCGAUCGGGCAUAUGCAAUGGUAGGGGGGCGCUCAUCGAUCGUGUUGCGGAACUCACUCGUCCCGUCUUAUAUUCCUGAUCGCAACCGACAGGACAACAAUCCCGUGGGUCAGUGGUUAGAAGCUUUGGACUAAUAAGUCAGAAAUGGCCAUUUCGGUCUCCCUUGUGUUUGUCGGCAAUGUUACUCUGCCAAUUCUUGAGGUUCUAGAGCCUACUUAUUGCUCAACAAGCAUUCGUUUUAGGCCAGUGAACGCACUAGGUAGACUGAAGACAAACUACAGGACAGGUCCAUAAUUCUGGAGUUCCUGGGUCAGUGGUUAGAGGCGUUGGACUUCUAACCAACAGAUCGCGAGAUCGAGCCCUAGGUGUUCCACACCUCGAAGUUGUGUAUGACUGACUGGCGAUGGCUACUGAUCCAGAAGUGGCCAUUCCAAUCUCCCUUGUCUUUGUCGGUAGUGUUACUCUGCCUAUAUUACGCGCCGCUGUGCGGCUGCUGGUUGGGUUAGAGAGAGAACCCCAAGGCAUAACGGGACGAGUGAGUUCCAUAAAACGACCGGUGAGCGCCCCUCUACCACCCCAAGAAUAGGCAGUCCACCACGCAGCUUCACUGCCUUCAGGUUUGACUAGGCAUCGAUCAGGAUAGUCCGUUACCUGUAAAAUGCUCGGAGUUCAAAGUGAUAUUUUGUCAUGGCGAGUGUCGCUCGCCAUCGUAAAGCUUCAGUUCGCAUACAAAGCAGUCUCAAUGUGCCGGUGGGGCUUAAUGGGACGCCUAUUUUCGUACUUGACCGCUAUUGGAAGCCAUCACCGCACAAACUGCCGUGUUACCACUGACUGGCGGACCACUACCUAAUCCGGUUUUCGAAUGACGGGUAGCUGAUUUAUUUUCGCUGGGGUUGAGCCUACUGAGGGCCAGCGCCGCCGAGAGGAAGUAUUUUAUACUCUCGAGACAUAUAACGUUACUAAGCACCAAAAUGACAAUUUUCGUGAUACCAAUCUUGGCCUAGCCCAAUCUUGAGCUGGUGGCAGUCAGUAGAAGUCGUUGCUCAAGCUUUCAUCUAGUGGAUCUGAUUCUGAACCAUCGGCUGUGCACUCCUAAGUCCCAGAGGAGCGACUGACGGUUCAAGGUAGACACCUAUGAAUCAGCUUGCAACUUCAACGACCUAGCUGGCAGCGCUUUAAAUUCCGGCAUUUGGUUUCUGGUAUUCUGUUCUUGUCGUUAUUGUUUAGUUUUAUCGGUCUUUUUGGCCGAAUUGUUCUAUUUCGACCUUUGCCUUUCAGAUGGAAGAAUGCCACCAAUCCAUUUAAGUCGGACAAUCUUUUCAGUCUACAGCGUUUACCAACUUUACUGCACCUGGAUAGCGUACGUCCAAUCUGCCACGUUCUUGGUUCAUGUUUUUGUUGAAGGACGUGUUUGCUGCAGCACACCUGCUAGACUUCCCCUAGUGUUAUUCUCGCAAAAGGUGCUAGGGGGAUAGCCUCUAGAAACCCAUCGGAUGUUUCACCUAGACUAUAUGCUGUAGAACGUUUUCGACUUGGCCUGACGAGGAAAAAACUGAUUUGUGCGGCUGGUCUCCGUUUGUCUUUUUGUGUGAGAAGAAAUUGAUAUCACUCGUGGUGCAAAUGCGAUUCUCAGGUAGCAUCAGGCAACGUGCGCCAUAUAAAGAGAGCUGUGCACAGGGCUCUCCAGUCUCUGGAGAAGUAGAUGUAAUGUACGGGAGUGCCCUCUACUAUAGUCGCAUAUCUCAGUAGCAAGGAGACAGGUUAUCGCACAAUUUAGGGCAAAUGACAGCGUGUUACACGAGAGUCAGAUACAGUGUAUGCGCUACCUCACGAAAUGUUAACUGAAAUUCUGAGAUGUGUUUUUGAUUCGAAAAGAUUACUUACAUAAGUAAGUUCGUAAUAUUUAUUAUCGUGCAGCACCAUCAAAAUGUACUUCAGUCACGUCAGGAGGCCGGUCUUUGAACGAGCUCCUUUCUGGCUGCCUGAAAGAACUACGCGCCGUAAAAAACUACUAUACCUUAAAGGAAAGGGUAUCUUUGGUUUUAAGAAAGUUUCUAAACAUGAGAUUUUUAGACCCUGAGAUGCCUCUGUCCGUUUACUAAUGAAAGAACUACACUCCGUAAAAAAAACUACACCUUAAAGGUUUUAAGAGUUUCUAGUCAUGAGAUUUUUAAGACCUUGAGAUGCAUCUGUGCGUCUACAAGUGUUGCUUUUAAAGCAUGUAGCAUGGUCCACAUCUAUUGCAAACUUUUUAAUGCCUUAUAUGGCAUCUUCUUGAGAACAUAUAAGAAUAUGAUUUUCCGCACAUGAAAAAUAUGUAGCUUGUAGUUUGGAAGCCUUGAAUGUAAGUGUGGCGUGAGACCGGGUUCAAAAGUACUCCGGAAUUGGAAAAAAGGUCUUUAAAAUCGAAAAAUACUUUUUUAAGGACACAAUUUAAGGGAGUCCUAACUGACUUCCAAAAAGUGUGAGGAAAGUAUUUUCAUGCAUGUUUUUUGUAAACUAUAUUUGAGUUUAUAAGGGCAUCGAAACUCAACGGGAAAAAUUCAUACUAUGUGAGUGGUCACUUUCUAUGAAACGUAGUUUUUGCAGGCGGCCGGAAAGAAAUUCGCUCAAAAGCAGGCACCCUGACGCGACCAAAAUAUCCUUGGAUUAUGCCACAUGAUAAUUAAUAUUACAACUCCACUUUUGUAAGCAAUCUUUUCGGAUUGAAAACACUUUGGAAUUCCGGUUAGCAUUUCAUGAGACAGCACUUCCGGUCACCCUGUCGGGAUUGGCUGCCUCCGUUUUCCUUAGCCAAUGAGAAACUUACAUGUGACGUCUAAGCUGUUAUGCCUGCUGAUGCAUGCGCAUUGCUUGCUUCCAGGAAUCUGGAGCCUUUUGGGCAGGCACGGACAGUGAAAUAGAGACGUCUAACAAUCAUGUUAAGGGGUAUCAGACAUAAAGGGAGAAUGAUGAAUUAGAAUGCAGUGUAGCAGCAGGAUAUCCGGGAAAAGAAAAGGGUUCGGAAAUAUGAGAUGAUCCUCGACAAAAGGCAUACUUAACAGAAUUCUGGCUAUUAAGCAAAAUACUGUUUUUGACUGCCGUGGUUAAACAUGACCCUAACCGUUAUUAAGAAUCGAAAACGUAUUUCAGAAUUUCGGUUAACAUUUCAUGAGAUAUCACAUCCACCUUAUCUGCCUUUAGUGCAACAUGCUGUCAUGUGUCCUAGACUGCGAAAUAACCCGUCCUCUUGUUAUUGAUAUGGAACUAUAGUAGAUGUUCUUACAAAUUCCAUCUGCUUCUUUUUCGAAGUCACGGGCGGCGCUCUGGGACAUUUUAAAAAUGAAGGUGAUUGUGAACAGUAGUUCUCUGGUAGGGAGACCAAGGCCAUUUCUACGCCACGCUUGACAUUAGUUCUGCUGAGGCUUUCUGCAGCAGGCAUUUCUCAGGUUAACUUACCUGCUUGCUCCUAAGAUAUGUCUUGAGGUGUGAGGAUGCCACUUUCCCUUAUGACCAGUUGUCGGUGAUUCGUGCAGGUUUUGAUUGUCCUUAGAUUUGCGGCACGUAACCGAAACAGUUUUGAUUCAUUUAGCCGGCCCGCUUUACUUUCCGUUGUUUCGCGUUUCCCUUUGUGCAAAUAUUUAUCUUAAUUUAUGCCUGAUUGGGUUUUAUUUUUACCUAAUGGUCUUCCGCUUCGAUUUUAGCCAACUUCUGUCAAAAGCAGAUUGGAGGGCGAGGCAUGUCUCAAGCCGGACGCAUUAGCUGCGUACUUUUUAUGA